AUGGCACGAAGAAAUCAUCGAAGAUCAAAGGUCACUCGAGUGAUUAACCUUAUCAAACGAAUCAUCGCAUUCUUUUUUUCUCAUGUUGGAUUAUGCGCGCUGGUUAUUGGGUACGCGUUACUUGGCGCAGUUGUGUUUCGAGCAGUAGAAGGACCGCAUGAGACGUUCAUACAGGGCCAGGUGACAACGGCAAGGCAAAAAGCUGUCAAUAUCGCCUGGAACGCUACUUUUAGGGUCAACAAAUUGGAUCGUGCACAAUGGGAACGUACAGUUCAUGCUCAAGUGCGACGAUUUCAACGUAAGUGUAUGUGGGCAAUCAAACGUGGUUAUGACGGAAAGGAAUAUGGUUUAUCAGCUCAAUGGACAUUCACCGGAGCCUUCCUUUACUCUUUAACAGUUAUAACAACUAUUGGCUAUGGUAAUACAUCUGCUAAAACGUAUUUCGGCAAAACAUUAACUAUUUUGUUCGCAAUUAUCGGAAUACCUAUAAUGUUACUUUUCUUAACGAAUAUCGGCGAUGUUAUGGCAAAAAUUUUUCGGUUUUUCUACGCACGUUCAAUACGACUCAAAUAUCGCCUUAUUUUGUGGCACAAACGGCGUAAAGCUGCAGAAUUGCGCCGUGCUAACUCUCUUGUUUCUCGACUGACUAGAGAUGUAAAUACAGACUUGUCAGGAGAUUCGUUUCGGCUUAGUUCCGAUGUACAAGAUUUGCUGACAGCUCGUGCACAGAUUGAACAACUUGAAGUGAAGGAGAGUGUGGAAGCACAACUACAACGUAUAUCGGUCCCACUAAGUUUGGUAUUCUUUACAAUGUUUGCUUAUCUGGUGGCUGGUUCGGUAUUGUUCUGUCUCUGGGAAGGAUGGACAUUCCUCGACAGUUUCUACUUUUGUUACAUUUCUUUGACUACCAUUGGAUUUGGUGACAAAUUUCCUGGUGCAUCAGUGGGAAACGAUAAGGAUGCACAAAAGAAGCUUGUGAUAACUUCAGUUUAUCUUCUAUUUGGGAUGGCUUUACUAGCGAUGUGUUUUAACUUAGCACAAGAAGAGGUUGUGAAUAAAGUCAGCUGGUUGGCUAACAAAUUUAAAUCACGCGAUGACGAGGAUUACGACUAG